GCCUGGGGACGGUUUCGGGUCCGACAUCUUGCGUCGCGGCUCAUCGGAAUAUCUCUUACUAUUCAUCUGGAGACAACGUGCUCACAAUGAGCCAACAGCCAAACAUGUCGGACUUGCCCGAAGACCUGCGUCGAGCUCUAUCGUCUUUGACGACGUGUGAGAUCUCAGACGCCUUGAUAGCUCUGGAACUAUCCAAGGAGGUGCGCCUCCUAGAAGGAAUCAAGAUGAUGGUCGCAAACGGUCAGGGCGAUCAGCCGGGAUCCGGGCUAGACAUUCUGGGCAAGGCGUUCACCGUCAAGAUGGUCCAAGUCGACGAACCGGUACCGGACCCGCCUAAAGGACACCACAUCGACAAUGCGCCGAGAGGCAGCGUCAUGUUCAUCCAGGGGCCGCCAACCGACGGGCCGAAUGCCCUAUGGGGUGAUCUGAUGUCUACGGCCGCGACAGCUCGUAAGUUGCAGGGAGCUAUCAUCGAUGGUCGGGUGAGAGAUAUCAGAGGCUUGAGGGAGGUCGGAUUUCCCGUUUUUGCCAAAGGCACCGCGACGUUCGGUCAAAAAGGUUUCGCCCGACCAGAAGCCCAACAAGUCCCCAUAUGGUUUCCACAGAAGUACGAUCCAAGCCCUAGGGUCGAUUUUGAAUCCCCCAUCGGUGGUAUAUUUGGCGGACAGAUACACCCGGGAGACCUGAUCUUGGCCGACGAAGAUGGUAUCCUGCUCUUUCCCCGUUCGUGGUCGGAAGAGAGGUUGUGGGAAAUCGCCCGAGCGGGCCAAGAGGGAAAGAAGACAGACGAGAGGAUUACAGAGGACCUGAAGGCGGGUCGUGGAGUUGCCGAGUCGAUGGCGAGGUGGAGAGGGAAGUGAAAUUGAUGGGAAUAAGUACCGACAGUAUGGUGGUCGUGUC